GUGAAGAAGAUACAACAGGAGAAGAAAGUGGAAGAGUUGGUGGACAAAGAGCUGGGGAGCAGCUAUGAUCGGAUUGAAGUGGGGGAGAUGCUACAAGUGGCUCUUCUAUGCACUCAAUACCUCCCAGCACAUCGUCCCAAAAUGUCCGAAGUGGUCCGGAUGCUCGAAGGUGAUGGUCUUGCCGAGAAAUGGGCUGCAUCACACAAUCAUAGUAAUGAUCCCUCAAUGAACCUCUCUCAUCCUAACAAAAGCACAUUUUGUCCUUCUACUGCUUCAAAACAUGAUGAAAGUGGUCAUAAUCGUUCGAGCAGUAUGUUUGGGACUACAAUGGAUGAUGAUGAUUAUGAACACUCUUUGGAUUCCUAUGCCAUGGAACUCUCUGCUGAUGAAGCUGAAAGUGAGGUAUCGUCAAAUGCCGAAAAUGGUCAAAACCAUGACCUCUUGGGACUCGAUCGCUCAGAAGGAAAUAGUGGUGGUAGAUGUCGUUCGGCUACAAAAUCAAUGGCAAUCCAGCACUACCAAAGGAGGGAAGAUGAAAGAAUAGAGACUGUGCUAAAGGACACUCCACAAUGGUUAAAGUCUGGUGUUCCAUUAGACAUUCUCAGGUGUAAACUCCGGAAGGGGUGA